AUGAGCCACAAGUAUGCUACGUUGCGUCGGGCCCAACUCCAUCUGGAUUUCAUCCAUGCCAACUCCACAACCCACAGUUUCCUUUUUGGAGCUCUGGCUGAAUUGCUGGACAAUGCCAGAGAUUCAGGGGCUGCAAGACUUGAUGUGUUUUCAGUGGAUAAUGAAAAACUGCAGGGUGGAUUCAUGUUAUGCUUCCUGGAUGAUGGAUGUGGCAUGAGCCCUGAGGAAGCUUCAGACAUCAUUUACUUUGGCACAUCCAAGAAACGGUUAUCAACCUUGAAGUUCAUUGGACAAUAUGGCAAUGGUCUUAAAAGUGGGUCCAUGAGAAUUGGAAAAGACUUUAUUCUUUUUACGAAGAAGGAAGAAACGAUGACCUGUGUGUUUUUCUCUCAGACAUUUUGUGAAGGAGAAGGUCUUAGUGAGGUUGUAGUUCCAAUGCCUUCGUGGCUGACAAGAACCAGAGACUCUGUCACAGAUGAUCCACAAAAAUUCUCAACAGAAUUGUCUAUAAUUUAUAAAUACUCCCCAUUUAAAAAUGAAGCUGAAUUAAUGCAGCAAUUUGAUGUGAUCUAUGGAAAAUGUGGUACUUUGCUGGUUAUUUAUAACUUGAAGCUGCUGCUUAGUGGAGAACCAGAAUUGGAUGUUAAAACUGACAAAGAAGAUAUACUGAUGGCUGGGGCUGAUGAGGAUUUUCCAGAGAGAUGGUCCUUCAGAGCCUACACAUCUGUUCUAUAUUUUGACCCCUGGAUGAGAAUAUUCAUUCAAGCCAAAAGAGUUCAAACAAAACACCUAUGUUAUUGCCUCUACCAACCCAGAAAGUAUCUGUAUGUCACUUGUUCUUUUAAAGGAACACUUAAAAAUGAAGUAAAAAAGGCAGAAGAAGCAGUAAAGAUCGCUGAACUUUCAUUGAAAGAAGCACAAAUCAAAGUAAACCAGCCCGACAUAACUUCUUCGUCCUCCGCCAAGGAUAUAUUACAGAAAACUUUGGAAGAUGUAGAAGCCAAGCGUAAGAAUCUUAAAGAGAAACAGAGAGAAUUAAAAAAAGCAAGAACGCUCUCCCUGUUCUUUGGAGUGAACAUAGAAAACCGAAGCCGAGCUGGCAUGUUCAUUUACAGUAAUAACCGUUUGAUCAAAAUGCAUGAGAAAGUGGGGCCACAGUUGAAAAUGAAGUCCUUACUUGGUGCAGGCAUAGUUGGAAUUGUUAACAUACCCUUGGAGAUCAUGGAACCAUCCCACAAUAAACAAGAAUUUCUCAAUGUCCAAGAGUAUAAUCAUCUACUGAAAGUCAUGGGACAGUACUUGGUUCAGUACUGUAAGGACACUGGGCUCAGUAACAGAAAUCUAACAUCAUUUUGGAAUGAAUUUGGAUACCAACAUAGCAAGGACAUGGAGACGUCUUUAGAUUCUCUUCAAUAUCAAAGAAGACAAGCCAUGGCCAUCCCAUUCAUGGUACAGUGUGAUCUUUGCCUUAAAUGGAGAGUCUUGCCUUCCUCUAUGAAUUAUCAGGAAAAAGAAUUUCAUGACAUGUGGAUUUGUGCUAAUAAUCCUAACCUCUUGGAAAACAGUUGUCGGCAGGUAGAACGUCUGCCUUGCAUCCCCCUGGGCACCAUGAGCACAGUAUUACCAUCAAAAAAUGAGAAAGAGAAGCAACUUAGAGAGUCGGUCCUAAGGUAUCAAAAUAAACUGGCAGAACAGCAGUCACAGGAAAGCAGAUUAAUACCASCGAGUAGGAUUGCUGAGUUCACUCCCACCUGCCUUACUUCAACACUUAAGGAAAAUAUCAAAACUCAGAAAAUCAGACCUUCAGGUGUUGAUUUGAAGCAUGAAUCUCUUUCACCCAUUGAGCUUUCAGUAGGACAAAGAAGCCAAAAAAGAAACACAGAACAAACAGACUCUGAUGUGGAGUAUGUUUCGGAUUAUAAAACUAUGAAAAAGAGUGUGCAAAAGAAGAUGAAACCCCUACAGCAGAGACAUACGGUGCCAGAAAACAUCCAACUAGCUGAGAGAUCUCAGGCCUCUUCCGGGGAAAUGAAAAGGAAACARAGUCUCAACCUCACACAGGAAUGUAAGGUGUUGAGUGAAAUUCAAACCAGCGACAGUGAUCCAGAUAUAAUCCUGGUUUUAGAUAAAAGCAGCACUGAUGUUUCAUUGAAACAAGAACAAAAGGAAGUUCCACUCAUAAACGAAGAAAAACAGGAGCUGUGCAGUGAUACUCCAGCAAUAAAAAGAAACUCUUCAUUUCCUAACCAGGAAAGCUCUUCCUGUAUGACAAUGGAAGAUUUAAGUCCAAUUUCUGGACAUGAAGCCAAAGUUUCUGUGAGUGAUGGUUGUAAAGUUGCAUCUUCACUGGUGACAUCUUCUCAAAGCACAAUUGUCAAGGAAACGGCAAGAAAACUGAUGUCAAAUUUAAGGGAGGUCCUUCGGUAUUUUUUUCCUGAGUAUCAGCUACCAUCAGUAUUUGACCGCACAUCUGCAGAAGAACUGAGAGCAAGUUCUGAGCUGGAUCAAUGCCCAGAGCAGACGAACAAAAUGCUGAAAAUAUGUUUCAACCAGAUCCAGAAUGUUUACAUGGUCCAAUAUGAAAAGAAAAUAAAAAGAAAAAUGCAGUGCAUCAUCCAUGAUGCAAAUAGAAGAGGAAUUCUUAAUGAAAUAUCUCUGGGACACUGUGAACAAAAAAGAAAAACUACUGAGGAUAAACUGAAGAAUCUUCGUGUAAAACUGGCAAUGUUGUUGCAAACACUUCAGCUGGGUGGUCCAGCAGAAGACCUGGAGCAGAUUGACGUUUAUUUAGAAGCUUUGCUGAAAGAAGAUGAUCUCCUUUCUAGACCCCUUCAACAAAGUGUCGCAGGGCAUGGUCUCCCUUUAGAGAGCAAUGGAAGCACUUCUCAAAACUAA